CCCCCCCACCCAAAAUGAUCAGAGCACUCUUUGUUACUGUGAGCGUAGCCUUUGUCCUGCAUCAAGAGAGCUCAACAAAUGCUCUGCCUCAGGCAAAGGAUUAUGAAGUGGUGUAUCUGCGGAAAAUUCAUUCACUGCACAAAAGAGAUGUGGGAGGAAGCCAGAACCCCCAUCGAAAGGCCAAAUAUGAAGAUGCUGUACAGUAUGAAAUCAAAGUGAAUGGAAAGAAGGUGGUUCUUCAUCUAGAAAAAAACCAGGAUCUUUUUUCCAGUGAGUACACCGAGACCCAAUACUCCCACGAAGGCAGAGAAAUCACAACAAGCCCUCAGAUGACGGACCACUGCUAUUAUGAAGGUUACAUCCAAAAUGAUAAUAGCUCUUCUGCAAGCAUCAGUGCAUGCCAUGGCUUGAGAGGGUACUUCAUGAGUGAUGGUGAGAGAUAUCUUAUUGAACCCUUGAAACUCUCAGACAGUGAGGAACAUGCAGUCUUCAAAUAUGAAGAUCUUGGGUCCCAAGAUGAGGGUCCCAAGAUAUGCGGAGUAACUAAUACCACUUGGGAAUCCGGAGACCCCAUCAAAAAAUUGUCCAGGAUGAGCACAAGUGCAGAAAAACAGGCAUACCUGAAGGCCAAAAAGUAUGUUGAACUUUACGUAGCUGUAGACAACACAGUGUUUCGGAAGUACAGUCGCAAUAUGACUGGUGUAAGGUCAAGAGUAUUUGAAAUUGUCAAUUUCAUCAAUGUGAUUUACAAACCUAUAAACAUUCACAUAGCAUUGAUCGGCCUUGAAGUUUGGUCAGAUGGGGAUAAGAUUGAAGUGAACAAAGCAGCAGGCGUCACCUUAGAUCGGUUCUCAAAGUGGAGGAAGGCUGACCUGCUGAAGCGGAAAAAGAAUGAUAAUGCCCAGUUACUCACGGGUAUUGAUUUCACUGGACCGACAGUAGGAUUGUCAUUCGUUGGAACUAUGUGUAACAGCGCCUACUCCGUGGGAGUUGUUCAGGAUCACAACACCAACGCAAUUGCAAUUGGUGCUACUAUGGCCCAUGAAAUGGGUCAUAACUUUGGCAUGAAUCAUGAUACUAAGGGUUGUUCAUGCAGUGCCAAAUCUUGCAUCAUGGCAGCACAUAUCAGCUAUAACCCCCCCUGGAAAUUCAGCUCCUGCAGCCUCCAGGAUUUUCAGAAAUACAUUCUGGACCGCACCCCGGCAUGCUUAACUAAUGUGCCACUGACGAAAGAUAUUGUUGCAACCCCAGUCUGCGGGAAUGACUUUGUGGAGGAGGGAGAAGAAUGUGACUGUGGCCCUCCUGAGGAAUGUACGGACAAAUGCUGUCAAGCUGCAACAUGCAAGCUGAAGCCAGGUGCUAAAUGCGGGUUUGGGCAGUGCUGUGAGAACUGCCAGCUUAGGAGAGCAGGAGCAGUAUGCCGACCUCCUAAGCACGGCUGUGACCUGCCAGAACUCUGCACAGGCCUCUCGCACCAGUGUCCAGCCGAUCGCUUCCGCGUGAACGGAUACCCAUGCAAUAACAACCAGGGUUACUGCUACAUGGGCAAGUGUCCUUCCUUGGAGGCCCAAUGCACGUCUCUCUUUGGACCAGAUGCCAAAGUGGCUAAAGAUUCUUGUUUUGAUAUAAACAAGAAUGGGGUUUACUAUGGACACUGCAAGAAGAGUAAUGGGACCUUCAUCCCAUGUGGACAAAAAGAUCUAAAUUGUGGGAAGUUAUAUUGUGCUGGUGGAUCCCGAACUCCAGGUGGAAAAACCCAAGUGUAA